AUGAUAAAGCCAUCAACUGUAACAACAAACGUAAUGAACCUAUCGACUGUGACAACAAAAACAACAAACAUGAUAAAAUCAUCAACUGUGACGGCAGAAACAGCAACUCACAAAUCUAAAACAACAGUGGACAACCCGACGACACAAGUACAAAGCAAGCCAAAAUAUAACAAAUGGAAAGAAUAUGGAAUUACUGUUGCUGGAGGACAUGGAUACGGAGAUCAAUUACAUCAACUCACUUAUUCUUUUGGGAUCUGUGUUGAUGAUAACAAAGCCAUUUUGAUUGCUGACAUUCACAAUCAUCGUAUUGUUGAAUGGAAAUAUAAUUCGGGCAGUGUUCAAAUCGUUGCAGGCGGAAACGGAAAAGGAAAUAGAGAUGAUCAACUCGAUACGCCAAUCGACGCAAUUGUUGACAAAGAAAAGAAUGCGAUAAUCGUAUGUGAUUCUUGGAACUUUAGAGUAGUGCGUUGGUUUCGUCAAAGCCAAACAAAUCCACAGAUUCUCACUUCUGAUAUUUACUGUGGCGGUGUGGCAAUAGACAAAGAUGGGUCUAUUUACGUUUCUGAUCAGACGAAGUCUGAAGUGAGACAAUGGAAAGAAGGAGACACAGAUGAAACACUAGUUGCAGGUGGAAAUGGUAACGGAAAUCGUCGAGAUCAACUUUACAGUCCUUACCACAUCUUCGUCGAUGAAGAUUAUUCUCUUUAUGUAGCGGAUCAGCUCAAUUACCGUGUAAUGAAAUGGACAAAAGAUGCAAAAGAAGGAAUUAUUGUGGCUGGAGGAAAUGGGAGAGGAGAUGGUCUAAACCAAUUAACUGAACCUACUGGAGUGAUCGUUAAUAAUUUGAGUCAAAUCAUUAUUGCAGACACUUCAAAUAAUAGAAUAAUCCAAUGGUAUGAAGGAGACGCACAAGAUGCUAAAGCAGGCAGUGUUGAUCCAUGUCAUCGAUUACUUAUGUUAAAAUUUGUUCAUUUACUUGAUGACGCUGGAUACAGUGUUGAAAAAGUGAAUGGUACAAAAACGUCAGUACGUAUUGGACAAUUUUCAACAGAUCAUGCAGUUACAGCAGCUCGUAUGAGACCUGAACAUCGAUCAAGAUUUCAUGGACCUAAUAGUUUAUUAUAUAAUGCUUCAACUCGUUUAUCAUAUCAUUUUAAUUUACAUGGUCCAAAUGUCUCAUUAGAUGUUGCUUGUUCAUCAUCUUUAGAAGCUUUACAUAUGGGUGUACAAUGUCUUCGUACAAAUGAAGCGGAUAUGGCUGUAUGUGGUGGUGUUAAUGGAAUUUUUGCACCGGAAAAUUUUCUACAAAGUUCACUUAUUAGUGCACAAUCACCUGAUGGAAGAAGUCGAUCAUUUAGUGCUGAUGCUAAUGGUUAUGCUAAAGAUCGAUUCUUUAAUCAAUCAAAUCUUGAUCCACCAUUAUUAUUAGAUUUACUUAGAAGUAAUUUAGGACAUACAGAAGGUGCAGCUGGUGUAGCAUCACUUAUUAAAGUUGCUAUGUGUAUGUAUCAUCGUGGUAUUACAGUAAAUAUGCAAUUUACUUCACUUAAUCCAAAAAUAGAAGCACAAAAAUAUAAUCUACAUAUUCUUCAAAAUUUUGUACCAUUUCCAUCUCUUCCAAAUAAUGAAAAAAUAACUAUUGGUGUUAAUUCAUUCGAAACGGUUGGUUCAACGACACAUUCUAUCAUUGAAGAAUAUCAACCAAUAAAUAAAACAUCAAUUGAAAAUAACCAUAUCGAUGAUGAAAAUCAUAUUAAAAGCAAACAAUAUUUUAUUUUUAUUUUUUCAAAUCAUAAUGAUGAUCAAGCUUUUCUUCAACAUAUAUCUCAACAACUUCUUCUGAAAAGAACUAUUAGUUAUACACAUUUAGCAAUCUUGUUUUUUCUUAAUCGUCAACAAUUACAAGAACAAAUCAAUGCUUUUCUUACUGAACAAGCAUCACCAGGCCUUUCAAUCAUAUCACGUCCAACAAAACUAUUAGCACAGAAAAUAUGUUUUGUUUUUAGUGGUCAAGGUCCACAAUGCUGGGCUAUGGGUAGACAAUUAUAUGAAAGUGAACCUUUAUUUAAUAAAUGGAUUAAUUUAAUUAAUGGAGAAAUGACAAAAAUUAAUAAUGAAUCUCGUAUUAAUGAUACAAAUAUUGCUCAACCAACAUUAUUUGCUAUACAAGUUGCAUUAACAGCUUUACUUGUUUCUUGGAAUAUUUAUCCAUCAUCUAUAAUAUCACAUAGUGCUGGUGAUCAAGCAGCUGCUUUUGUUGCUGGUCGAUUAACUUUAGGAGAAACUGUUCGUAUUGAACAUUUGGCUUGUAUUGCUGUUGUUAAUAGUCCUCGCUCAGUAACAAUAAGUGGUGAUGAAAAAACUAUUGAUGAAAUACAACAAAUUCUUUCCAUAUCUUAUCCUAAUGUAUUUACAGCACGACUCCGUAUUGAAAAUGCAUUUCAUUCAUAUCAAAUGAAUCGAUUUGAUACUGAAAAAGAAAUGCUUUCAUCCUUGAAAGAUAUUCGAGGACUUCCAAUACAAGAUCAAAAGCAAAACUUUAUUCAAUCAAAUGUAAAACAAACUGUUCGAUUUUAUGAUGCUAUAGCAGCAAUUAUAAAAGAUGAAGCAACAAAUGUUUUUCUUGAAAUUUCACCACAUCCAGUUUUAGCUACAUCUAUUCGUGAAUGUUACGAACAAAUAACAUUUCUUACUAGUUUAGCACAAUUUACAACAUCAUCUCAAGUAUGGCAACAAUAUUUUCAUAUUCGUCAAAUUUUACCGUUGAAAAAUCAUGAAGAAUAUUUUGAUAAUUUUCCAUUAUAUAAAUUUCAUUUGAGUCCAUGUUGGUAUGAAUCAAAAGGUUCAUCUAUACAACGUUUAGCUAAUCGUAUUCAAACUCAUUCAUUACUUGGUAUUCGUCAAUUAAAUGAACAAACAAGUGCAACAUGGAAAAGUCUUAUCAAUAUUAAUUUAGCACAACAUGCUUUUUUGAAAGAUCAUAAAAUUCAAGAUGCAGUUCUUUUCCCGGCUGUUGCUUAUCUUGAACUUGCAACAACUGCUUGUCGUCAAUUACUUCCUCCAAAAGAAGAUGAUCAACAACAACAACCAACAAUUAUUUUUGAAAACGUUAAUUUUUUUGAAGCACUUAUUCUUAAUAAACAUGAAUUAGUUGAAGUAUGUAUACAAAUAACUAUGCCAAUGCGUGAAUGGUAUAUUAUAUUUUGUAAUCAAGAUAAUUUUAAUAAAUACUCAUUAAAUGAAUUUACUUUACAUGCACCAGGCAAAAUUGAAAUAGAUUCUAAACAACAAAAAUCAUUAACAAUACCUAAUACAUGGACAGCACAACAUAUAACAAGUGCUUAUGAACAUCUUUCAACAUGA